AUGGAAAGCAUCGUCACAAUUCCAUGCGACAGCGCACAGCGGCAACUUAGCUCCUUUGUCUCUCUUGACGUCGAAGAUGAGAUGGCCUUUCUUAUCCUUGAGGAACUUUCAUACAUGCGACGGUCGUUCACGGGUGUGGCAGCUGAGAUUGCAAGCUCUCCCUCUAGCUCAUCGGCAACAGGACUAAAUGCGAUAUCGGAAGAUGACGAAGAAGAGGAGGAUUAG